UGUCGUUAGUGAAGAUAAAAUAUAAAAAUAUCCUAUAGUGACCUAUAUCUUAUAAGGAAAUAUUUAACAAAAUAUGUCACAAAUCAUUGCUACCCUGAGGCUAACUAACUGUUAGUUGAAGUCUUGUAAGUGAAAUACAAUGUGAACAGUGAAAAUGGUGAAAAUGACAUUAUACGCAGUGAUUAUUUGUAUCUGCACAAUGUUCCAGUUUAUAGGUACAGUCAGCACGCUAAAGUUCCUGCAAAUUCACGUACCGAAGGCUGUACUAACGGGGCAGAACGUAGAACUCAUGUGCACUUACGAGUUAGAAGGGGCGCAGCUUUACUCCAUACGGUGGUAUAGAAAUAUGAUAGAAUUUUAUCGGUACGUGCCCAAGGAGUCUCCUGCGACUAAGGUGUUUCCCGUUGCUGAGAUUAAAGUCGAUGUGGCAAGAUCGGAUCAAAAUCGCGUAGUGCUAACAGAAGUCGAUAGAACCUUAACUGGCGAGUACCAGUGUGAGGUGUCGGCUGACGCACCUCUAUUUCAUACAGACAUCAAAGCAUCGGAAAUGGUCGUUGUUGAGCCUCCGUUAAUCGGCCCGAACAUAACAUCGGAUAGGAUGACAUAUGUGGGAGGAGAUCACAUUCAGGCGAACUGCUCAUCACCACCCUCACUGCCUGCAGCUAACAUCACGUGGUACGUCAAUGAGCAAAUGGUGCCGAGUUUCACGGCGAACCACGUGACGAACUUCACUAACGGAUAUGCGUCGAGUUUGUCUACUUUGGAGCUCGAAACAGCUGUGUUAUCUCCUCUUCCUAUGCUUAUGAUACGUUGCGAAGCGUCAAUAUUCGACGUGUGGAAAUCAGCAAGCCACGCCGUAGUCCUGAGGGAACGGAACGCGAACCCGGUUUCAGCGUUAGGACGGAGUUUGACAGGUGGCGCCACAGAAACGUGUAUACCGUGCAUACUUGUCGUAAUUCUGCAGUCGUUUUUACAGUUUUUAUUACAAAAUUACACGGAAACAUCAAUAAGGUAGCUUCAAAUUAGUUAUAAAUGUAGAAAUCAGGGUUUAAAGUAAUUUGUUUGUUCAUAAUGCUUGUUUUGUAGAUUUGUAAAAAUAUUUAAUUAUGUUGAUUAUGUACGAUGAUUUGGUGAUAGUAUAAGUUUAGAAACAUUACUCAAACAUAUGUACAUGAGCAAUUCUUGAGGUAUGUGAAAAUAAAUAAAGAUGAUCGUUGACGUAAGACGGUAUAAAAAAUAAUUGUUACACAACUACAUACCCUGUUUUGGCUUGACUUUUUUUCGUGAUUUCUGUGUAUUUAUUGCUGUUUGUAACAGAUUUUAAUUUAAGUUCUCUUAGUCAGUGUCGGGAAAUCGGAGGCCAUAACUUUCAUAUUGAUAAAUCUAAACCUUUUAAUUGUAAAAGACAUAGAUAAAUAUAACAGACUGAGUUACUUUAUAUAUUUGGUUCUCGUUUAAGGUGUCAGAGUUGUACUAGUAUAGUAAUUAUUUUAUUUAUAAUUAUCUUAGAUUUAAUGGGCUUGUAAGUAGAAUAACUUGUAAGGUCUGUAAAUACUUAAAAUCUGUAAAUUUUUUAAUGUUAUAUGUUGUUAGUGUUUAUAUAUUAAUUUAUAGAACAUUAUUAAUACCUACAAGGCUACUCUGUUAUACCAAUAACAAGCUCCAGUCGUUCAUCUUUGCAGAAUAAUAUAAUCAUAAGCCCAUAACUAUAGCCUACCUUUAUAGAUUAAUUUAGUAUUUCAAUAUACCACUGAUGUCGAAAACUUAGAAUUAUGUGGUACGAAAAGUCAAUCGUAAUCAUUAUUGGAAUUGCUAUUUAGAUUACAGGGUAUGCCUUCUUUAGUUAAAGAAAAUAUAGAUAUAUAUAGACUGAUUACUGAAAACCUUAUUUGUAUACAAGUGUACUGUAAAUAAAGAAGUUGAUCGUAUGUGAAUUUGUUAUUUAGAAAUAAGUAUUAAAUAUAAUGAACGAAACGUUUUCAAAACCCAGCGUAAUGCGGUACGUAUUGUUAUUUUAAUAUCAAAUGGAUUGAGUUACAAAAUCACACAGACCAAAAUAUAUGCAGACUUUUAAAAAUUUUGGACAUCGAAUUUAACUGUUUAUUAUCUAGAACUAUUUUUUUAAGGCUUACAAUCAAUAAUUUAAAAUUCAAAAAAGGAAUGUCUUUGUGAGUGUCG